AUGGCAGAACAAGUUAAUCACAACUCGAUUGAAACUCUCAUUGGCUCCAACUACACAAAAUGGAGGGAAGAUGUGGAAAUUGCUCUAGGAUUGCUAGAUUAUGAGAUGGUCAUUGAAGAAGAAGCUCCUGCAAAACCUGCUGCUACUGCAUCUGCUGAAGCAAAAGCAAAAUAUGCAAAAUGGAUUAAAGCCAACAAGAUGGCUAUUCUAAUCAUGAGGAGAUCAAUUUCACCAUCUGUCAGGGGAAGCAUCACACCAUCUGAUAAUGCCAAGAAGUUCAUUGAUUCUAUUGUGGAAAAAUUUCAGGAAUCCAAGAAAGCUGAAAUUGGUACGUACUCUAAUGGCACAACUCACUGA